ACACAAUUAUUUUCAUUGGAAAUAACCAACGUUACGAUCAGAGGUCGAAGCACUGAUGUCGACGCUUGCAGAUUCAUUCUUGGACGACCUGGAUGAGCUGAGUGGGGGAAGCAGUGAUGAGGAAGACACGCCGACGUCCUCCUACACCCCUGGCGGUGCUUCAUCCGCCGAUGCCGAGACAAAUGGCGACGAUGACGACGAAAAGAUGCCAGAUGCCGCCCAAUCUCGACCAGCUAAGCGGAAGCGCGAGAAUGACGGAGAGGAGAAGAAUGAAGACUUGGCCGAGUCGCUACGAUCCAGCGUCAAACAGCGUGGUAUAGCAGCCGUCGCGACACUCAAACGUUCGCCCAAAUACCUGGCUCACGUUCAGAAAAUUCAGGAAUACGUGGACGUGGACGACGCCUCUGUUACUGCCGAACCGAAGCCACUAGAAGAAGGAAGCGCUGAGUACGAGCUGGUGGUGACUUCUAAUGACUUGAUGGUGCAAAUUGACGACGAGAUCGAGGCCAUUCACCGUUUUAUCGCUGAUAUCUACGCUGCUAAGUUCCCGGAGCUGGACUCUCUCGUUCCCAACGCGCUGGACUACGCUCGUGUGGUCAAAGUCAUUGGCAACGAGAUGGACUUAACGCUUGUGGAAGAACUGCCUAAACUUCUGCCUAGUUCAGCUGUUAUUGGAAUCUCCGUUACGGGUUCCGGCACCAGUGGCAAACCCCUGAGUCUUGAGGACUUGAAGACCUGCAUGGAAGCGUGUGACGAGCUACUGUCGCUGGAUAAGGACAAGAAUAUGAUCUUGCGCUUCGUGGAGAGCCGCAUGAAGUAUUUGGCGCCGAACGUUUCGCAGCUCGUAGGCACACGUAUCGCUGCGCAGCUUAUCGGACUUGCUGGCGGGGUGGCGCAACUUGCACGGAUCCCGUCGUGCAACUUGCAGGUGUUGGGACAAGAAAAGAAAGUUUUGAGUGGCUUUUCAUCCGCUGCAGCGCUCAAGCAUACAGGUGUCCUGUUCUUCAGUGACCUCGUGCAGAGUGUGCCACCGUAUUUGCGCAUGAAGGCGUGUAGAGCCGUAGCUGGCAAACUAGCGCUGAUGGCACGCGUGGAUAGCCAGCCUCAUCAGAAUGAUACGGAAGGUUUAGUCGGUGCUCGCUUUCGUACCGAGUUAGUUGGUAAGAUGGAGAAAUGGCAAGAACCCCAGAAGGCCAAGACGAAGAAGGCGCUGCCUAUUCCAGACGAGAAACCGCGCCGCAAACGCGGUGGCAAGCGCUACCGCAAGAUGAAAGAGCGGCUGCAGAUGACAGAUGUGCGACGUGAAAUGAACCGGCAGUCGUUCGCUACAGCUGACGAAGAGUAUGGUGACAACGCAAUGGGAAUUACAUCUGGCCGUCUUGGCCAAGAAGGAUCGGGCAAUUUGCGUAUUAUGCGCAAGGAACAGAAGCAGUCAAGCAAAAAAUUGCGCGCUGCCAACUUUGCUGCGUCUUCUGCUAGCAAGCCGCCGCUUUCUGGUUUGGCAUCAAGUCUUGCGUUCACACCUGUGCAAGGCAUUGAGCUCAUGAACCCUGAAGCUGCGAAGGCUCGCGUUGCCGAGGCCAAUAAGAAGUACUUUUCUGCUGCUAGUGGCUUCGUCAGUGUUGUCAAAAAGCCCUGAACGUCGCUCCCGCUGGCAGUGUAUGAAUCCCUUUCGAGCAAUAACCAUAUUCAGAAAUGAAUCUAGCAUUUUGAUUAGUGCAAUUGAUGUAUAUUCUGUAAAGUUGGACCAUGUAUCUACCAGGUAACUAACUAGGCAAGGCAAUAGUCACCUGUGAGUUGACAACCUUGUCCGAAAUACGUUCA